GCAAAUUUAGUACCUUCACUUGGAAAUUGUUUAUAUCUGAAACGUAAUAGCGCAGAAUUAAUUGAACAAGUCGAAACACGCAGAGCUCAUCGCCGGCAGCCAUGAACGAAUCGGUGCGCUACGACCGCUGUCAGCAGGUGCAGCUGGGCGUCCUCAGCGAGUCGCAAGUGUCUUCCGCGGAGGAGGAGGUCCAGAGUCUGCCGCCGCAGGGAACGGGAAACAUCCUGUUCACCCACGACGGCGUGCUGCUGAAGAAGGCCAGUGCGGAGCACAUCGCGGACCUGAACACCAGUGGCUCCCUGUCCCUGGUGGAGUACAUGGGCUCCGCGACGGACCUGCCACGCAGGCGACUUCUGCUGGAGUGGCAGCCCAACGACAGCAUCAUGAUCGCAGACGACAGCCAGGACCAGGGCGACUGGGCGCUGGUGGACAGGAUUUCGGGGCGGACACGCACCACCUCCGAGUGUCGUGCCUUUAAUACGAAGCCUAGCGAACCAACUGGAGGGACGGCCACGCGCUCGCGGGUCAUGCGCGAAAAACUGGAGGAUCUGUCCUCCGUGGAGGUCCGCCAUCGGGGUCAGACCCUUCGGUUCAUGCGCAAGGGAGCCGGUGGCCUCCACAGCGAGUUCUUUUUCCAGCACGGGAACGCAGACCUCUUCGUGCGCUCCAUGCGCGACCAGCACUUUAUUGAGAGCGCCGAGAGCAGUCACGGCGGCGGCGAGGAGUACGCCAUCCUGACCACCGAGAACCAGAAGCUGCGGAAGACAUUUGCCGAGCUGGACAUUGGCCAGAUCAAAGCCAGCCACUUGCCGCGCGAGAGCUGGCUGCCCAACAAGCUGGCCGGGUUCCUGGGAAACAUUCCCGAUUACGUGCAGCCGCCGUUCCAGCGCUCCCCUAAAUCCCGGCCAGGAGCUCUGAUUUCCGGCGAUCGACAGACAUCGCCGGACAACUACCAAAUCAUUGGGCUGAGCGGCAGCACCAAUAGUGCCUGCUCCUCCAACGGACAGAGUCGCGGAGGCAGUGCAGAAAAAUCUCCGGCUGACAGCGAGCUAGAGAAUCUGAAUGCGCAGGACGAGAAAAUAGUUAACAACUUACCGGACCGGCAGCGGGUAGAGCGAGGUCUUCCCCUCACCGAGAUGCAGUGGCUGGAGUUUCAGAUGCCCGACGGUCGCAUUUCGGACAGCGUUCGAAUUAGGGAGCUCGUUUUCCGAGGCGGUGUUGUGCCCAGCUUGCGAUCCGAAGUGUGGAAGUUCCUCCUGAACUAUUACCAGUGGUCCGACACCCAGGUGGAGAGGAUCGAGCGGCGAAAGCAGAAGUCCAUGGAGUACUACAACAUGAAGGCGCAGUGGCUGGCCAUGACGACAGCCCAGGAGGCGAACUUUUGCGGCUACCGGGAGCGCAAGUGCCAGAUCGAGAAGGACGUAAAGCGCACAGAUCGCUCGCUGCCGUUCUUCGCCGGCGAGGACAAUCCCAACCUGGACCUGCUGCAGGGCAUUCUCAUGACCUACGUGAUGUACAAUUUCGAUUUGGGCUACGUCCAGGGGAUGUCGGAUCUACUUGCGCCCAUUUUGGAGAUCCAGGUGAACGAGGUCGACGCCUUCUGGUGUUUCGUUGGCUUCAUGGAGUUGGUGUUCACCAACUUCGACGUGGACCAGGCUGGCAUGAAGACGCAGUUCGCCCAGGUCCGCCGCUUGAUCGAGUUUGCCAACGCUCCGCUGUUCAACUACAUGCGCACCCACGACUCGGACAACAUGUACUUCUGCUUUAGAUGGCUGCUGGUCUGGUACAAGCGAGAGCUGAGCAACGAGGACGUUCUAAAGUUGUGGGAGUGCCUGUGGACUCGGCUGCCCUGUCCCAACUUCCACCUGUUGUUCUCCGUGGCCAUCCUGGAUCAGGAAACCAGCGUGAUCAUCGAGAGCCAGUACGAGUUCACCGAAAUCCUGAAGCACGUCAACGAACUGUCGGGAAACAUAGAUGUCCAGAAGACCCUGCAGAUCGCAGAGGCCAUCUACCUGCAGCUCAAGGCGUCGGAAACGCUGCCCAACGACAUCCGCAGUAUCAUAGGCGAGCCUCUACUGCCACCGGCCGCCGGCGAGGAGGUUGACGGAGGCAUGGCUGAUGAGGAGCCGGCCUACUCGGACGACGGCUUCGACGAACUGGUGAGGGAGCUCACGCCCGAGGAGAAGCUGCGCCAGCAAAAUCUACUGGAGGAGGCCUGCGAACGUUCCCUCUUCCACCAGUUCCACUAGCUUGAAUGAGACUCCUAGCCAAGAGCCUAUAGCAAAGCAUGCGCAAAUUGCACUGCCCCUCAUGUUUGUUUGUCGACAAGAUGGUGUUUGGAGUUGCAAGUUAAGAGACAAACUUAUCAAACAACAUCCCAAAAAAGGGGAUUUUUUUAAAUUUCCUGUGAAGAAAAGGAUCCUUUGAGGAACCUAAUAUUUCCAUUUGAACGGGUGUAAAAUAUAUGGCUUUUUCGUGUUCAACACGGUGCUCCCGUCAGCACCUCAAAAAUCAAAAUCUUGGAACCAAUAGAUUGAGGGGCAGUGCAUCUUAGACUCUAAGACUCAAAGUUUACCAACGCAUCGAAGCAAAGCGAAGCGAGCCAAGUGCUUUAACUGCUGAAACACAGAUUUAUAUACUGUAUAUUAUACAUAUUUGUACGUUUUUUGUAUUUAUUGUAAGUUCUUUCCCCACCUCAAAAUCUAAACACCUCCCCAUCCCUAAGCAAUCGCCCCUAAUCAUACCAAAACAACGUUUUCAAUUAUGUAGGAUUUAGUUCUUGUGCCUGUCGAACUUGAAAAAUUUUGGUUUAUCAGAAUUCCACUCGCGCAGCUUUUGUUGUCUUUUUCUAAGUUUACUCGAUUGCUGUAAAAAUACAUCGAUAUACAAAUACAUUUAAAAUGCGUAGUAAAAAUACAACACCGGAAUGCACAUGAAAAA